CCAGAGCCCUGGGUUCCCCCAGCUUUGCAGGAAGGAUUUUGUGGAACUGGUCGAGUCGCUGUCCUCCCAGAAGGAGGACGAGUCGUGGCUUCCAACCCUGCACCCCCGCAGACAGGGGCUGCGGAAUAUGUCCCUAGAUGCAGUGGACGGAGCGCGGGCCGUGGAGCCAGAGAGGAAUCCUACGGCUAUUCCAGACUGUGCGCUCCAGAACCGGAGGGGUCGGCUGCUCCUCCUGGGCAGUGUCCGCUUGCUCAAGCUGUACCAGCUGCCUUGAGUCUGUGCUGCCGCCAGGAUGCGGUGGCGGGACCGCGUGGCCGUGCUCUUCUUCCCACAAGGCAUGAUUCUCACCAUGGCUGCUCUGAUGCUCUUCUUCGUACACCUGACCGUCUUCGCCAGUGACGUGCACAACUUCUGUAUCACCCACCACUAUGACCGCAUGAGCUUCCGCUACACAGUUGUCCUGAUGUUCUCCCAGGUGAUCGGCAUCUGCUGGGCCGCCAUGGGGUCACUCUACGCUGAGAUGACACAUGACAAGUUUCGUCGAUGCUUUUCCCUGACCGUCCUGAUGCUCAACGGAGCCAUGUUCUUCAACCGCCUGUCCCUGGAGUUUCUGGCCAUAGAGUACCGGGAAGAGUACCACUGAGGCUUGGGGCCCAGGCUGAGAAGGGGGAAGGAAAAGGCUGCUUCGGGUGUUUUAAUAAAGUCUGUAAUUUAUUUCCA